CUCAUCUCCUGCUGCCCCCAGCCCGACCAGGACGAGGAGCUGCCCAUGGGAUGCGAGGACCCAGCUGGAGAGGGGCAGCGGGGCUGGGAGGGAGCCCCGGCAGCAGCGGAGGAGGAGCCGAGCAGGCUGGUGCUGAGCACGCCCAGCAGCAUCCUGCGGGACAGGGACAUCGAGGAGGUGAGGCACCCCCGCCUGCGCAGGGAACCCGCCGUGACCGCUGUCCUACCAGCAAUGUCCCCUGUGAGGCCAGAUGGGUGACAUUCCCUGUGCCUGGGUCACCUCGGUCACCUCUUGGGGGGAAGGAUGCUUGGGGAGCCAUCUCAGAGGGGUUUGCAGGGUGAGGACGCUUUGGGAAUGUGUUGAAGGGGAGGGCGUUUGGAAGCAUCUCUCGAAGGAUGCUCAGGCGGGUGCUUGGAGGGAUGAUGCGCGCUCCUCCUCCCGGGAGGACUCUCGAUGGAUCUCCGGUCAGUGCUGGGGCAGGGGAGGAUGCUCAGCCGGCCAGCACCGACUGAGGCCGCUGUGCCCCAGCUGGGCCCCCAGCUGCCCCCGCGGCUGACGCAGCAGCCCUGGCGCCUGCUCUACUCCACCGGCCGGGACGGCUUCAGCCUGCGGACGCUGUACCGGAGCGGGGCCCGGCCGGACUCGCCGGCCUUGCUGCUCAUCAGGGACACGGAGGCGCAGGCUUUCGGUGCCUUCUCCGCCACAGCCAUUCGCAGAAGCAGCGGCUUCUACGGCACGGGGGAGACCUUCCUCUUCUCCUUCUGCCCCGAGCUGAAGGUGUUCAGGUGGACGGGCAGGAACGACUUCUUUGUGAACGGGGAUGUGAAUCUGCUGAUGGUCGGUGGGGGCAGGAGGUUCCUGUCAGACCCCUGUGGAUCCCAGCGCAUCCCUCUGGAGCAUCAGCCACAUCUCCCCAUCUGCAAACAUGCUGAGGGUGGGCCCUGUCAGGCAGUGAUGGGCCUCUGGAAGUGGAGCCAGCACCGCCCCUAGCACGAGACCUGUGCCACUGGUAACCCAGACUGUGAACCCAGUCCUGCAGCCAGGCUUUGGUGCAGCCCUGCUCUCCUGGCCCAGCUCACUGAGGCUGACACCACAGGAGGGACCGGGUUGCUCAGGCAGGGCUCCCCCUGCCCUCCCCACAGCUGGAGCCUCACCCAAGGCUGCCCUGGCCCCGGGGUGGCUGCCAGGCUGUGGCAGGGCCAGGUGGGCACACUGAGCACCAGCAGCCCACGAGGAGGCAGCAACCAAGAACCUCUGCAGAGGGAAACUCUCCCACAGACACCUUGGCUGCUUGGAAUGCCACAGUAAGACUGUUUUUAAUAAAGUCCACACACUGCAGUUUUUUAAAAGAAUAGUAAAUCAUUGUUUAUAAAUUUAUUCUUCAGAGAGGCUCAGAUGAAGAGGUUGAGAAAAGAAAUGCUCUCAGAACUUAAAUUUAAGUAUACACUUUUGGUUUAACAUAAACAAAAGGUCUUUUCCAAGUAUAAAGUGCAGUUAGUAACAAAUUAAAAACAAACCAAAUCAACAAGAACAAAAUUAUAUCAAAAUGAAACUCAAUCUUAUGCAGACAAGGGAGAUAAAUUAUAUUUCUAAGAUAUUGUUUCUUGAGGAAUAGCAAAUUUUUUAAAAGCUUUUAAAGAGGCCACAAGCCCUUCUAACCAAUCUGGUUCAUCUGCAGGUCUGAAAUACUGUUAGACAGGGAGCACCAGAGAUUACACCUUCAGACACAUAAGCAGCAGAAGCACCUGGCUACUCAUUUUCCCUCCCUCCAACAGCAUCAGUUCCCAGCAUAAAAAGGGCAAAGGAGACAUUACAGGGGCUGUGGAGUUCUAUCACAGCACCUUCCCACUGGGCUGUUUUUCAGGACCUACCCUGGCCACCCACACCUGACAGCCUGAGCCAGAUGUACAACACCUCUCUCCCCUUUCCAGAUAUAAAGGCCACAGAUUGCUCCAAUUCCUGAGCAUUACUGAACCUUUUACUUUUGUUUUUAGUUUUGUGGUCAGACUUUUUCAAGCUUUGAGGUUUUAUUUAAUGAAAGCAGCCUUCCUCUUAGACCUGAGUAAAAGAUGAGAGGAAAAUGGUCUUCAUUUGUCCAACAGCACAGACAUUCAGAACACUCACACCAGUACUGCCAGUACAGGAAAACUGUAAGAACCCUCAGAGAUCUACAAGAGACAGAAAAAUGGUACAGGGACAGCCAUGAGGUCCAGGAGAACAGAGCAGAUACAAGAAUGGAGGGAUUCCUGAUGAGCCUGCCUGCCCAGGACAGUGUACAGCACAGCCAAGGUGCUCUUGGUGCAGAGCCCUGCUGGCACAGCCCUCUCUGCACACCUGAGCCCUGGCAAACACCUGGGCAGCUUGGCCUUCCUGCAACUGCUCACACCACUGGCCUUUUGAGCAGUCUUUGCAGGACAGACAGUAAAAAAUAUAACAUUCUAUGUAUCAAAAAUACACAAUAAAACAAUAAAAGGCUGCAUGGCAGUGCAAUGCAUUGUUACUGCAAUAAAAAAUGUGGUCACUUGUAGCAAGAGGUUUGCACCAGCUUUUUGAAUCCCAGAAAUUUAAUCUUUGAUUAUCAAAAGAUUCCCCUCUCCCUCCCUUUUUUUUUUUUCAUUAAAUUAAUUUUGCUAAUUUUGAAGAUGCCUCCCAUGGUACUUUCUUCUUUACCUCACUCUAUUUUCAGAAGCAUACCUAUCCCUCUCCUCCUCAGACACUAAGAAAACCCCAGCCCCCCCCAAAAACCCCAUCAAACCUGGCUUGGGAUUUUUUCUGCUAAGUCAUGCAAUAGGAAGGGACCAGGACUGGAUGGAGUAGUAAAAUCUUGUAAUAAAAAUGAAUUGCAAUUUUUAAAGUUACUCCUGCUACACAGUGCCACUACAUUAAAAAAAUCAAUGAGAACUAAGUUGACUCUGUUGUAAUAAAUUGGUUUUUAGAAGUCCAUCUGGAAGAUGCACUUUAAAUAUCUACAUUAAAACAUUCUGUAUUGCAAAAUA